AUGUCUUCUGAACGGUCAAGGAAACGAAAGGAGUGUAUUGCUUUAGGAAUCCAUAUUGAACGGCACGGUGACGAAAUGGCUCCCUGUACCCGUUGUGAAAAGUCCGUUGAUUUCGAAGGUCGUCCCCGCCGUUGCGUUGCAAUCCCCGACUCGAAGUACAAUCGAUGCGCCGAGUGUUCUAGACAAGGCAAGCCUUGUGACUAUCGUGAGAGGAAUCAGAUGCCGACCCUUUCCGACUGGGCUUCCAUUGAGAAGCAAAAGGAGCGCUUCGAGGAGGAGGAGGAGCGGGCCGCGGCCCAGGCCCAGGAGGCCAUGGCGAGGGUCGCCCGCAUUCGCAAACAGAAAAGGCUUCUUCUCGCUCGCGAGAAGAAGAUGAUUCUCGCGGGUCUUAACUCCCUUGACGAGCUAGACGCCGCUGAAGAGUUGGAAAGGAAAGAAAAGGAAGAACAAGAGGAGAAGGAGAGGAGGGAGGCAGAGGUUGCCAGGCUGGCAGCCCUGCCCGCUCCUACUGGUUCCAAUCCUGGUUCCGUCCUAGGUUUUGACCCCGCCCUGGGUCUCGACCCUGCUUUCUUCGAGGCUUUCCCUCCUAACCAUGAGAUGUGGGCAACCCUGGAUUUCGGCGAUGGAACUCCUGAA